AUCAGCGCGUUUCCCCUCCUCGACCUCGCGGAGCAUCAUAGAAUUCUGCCAAACUGAAGAAAACUGUGGCGUGUGUACUCCGAUAAGUGUUUACGUUUUUGUGUUUUCUCAAGUAAAGAGUGUUCUCUGUUGUGUGGAAAUAAAACAAAAUGUCCGAUAGGCGGUACUAUGAGCGGGAUGAAUACCGCGAGAGAUCGCACGAUCGUGGUCGUAGUCAUGGACGGGAUUACGAGAGGACCCAUCGGGAUCGCAAUGGACGUCGAGAUCAUGGGGAGGGGAGCAGUAGUCAUGGCUAUGGGAGAUCAUCGCACAGUAGUAGGCACGAUGAUCGCUCAAGGUCCAAUUCAUCGCGAUAUGAUAGGCGCAGUAGCCGAGAGAGAGAUCGAUAUUCUCCACCAGGACGCUCCUCAGCCUACGAAUCGUCUUCCCAUCGUCCAUAUGAGUCAUCACGGAGAUCGUCUUAUGGAUCACCCGAGCGAUCAUCAUCACGCUAUGAAUCCUCGUCCAGGAAGUCAUCAUAUGACUAUGAUUCCUACGAUAGACCCCGUGCAUCAUCAUCAAAAGUCCCUUAUUAUGAAUAUGAAGGCGGCGGAAGUGGAUCAUCAUCUCAUAGAUCACAUUAUCCAUCUGAACGUUCACCACCACCACCGCUACCACAGCCAUCUACAUCCUUCAGGCCACCCAAGACCAGGGGAUUCCGGGGCGGUGGUGGGGGGAGGGGAUCAAAAAGGGGUGGUGGGGAUGCAUCACGUGGUUCUCGACGAGGAAAUCGCGCCAUAACUGACCUCAUUGUCACCAGACCGACUUCGCUGAAUACCAAAAAGGGCACAACAGGGACAACAAUUACCCUCCUGGCCAAUUACUUUAGGAUCAUAAAGAAGCCCGAUUGGAAUAUCUACAAGUACCGUGUGGACUUUAUUCCCGAAGUUGAGGCACUGAAUCACAAGAAGGCCAUCAUGAGGCGUCAAAUACCCAAAUUGGGAUCAUUUCAAUUUGACGGAGCAAUGAUUUUCUCACCGUACAAAUAUGCCAGUGAUCCCAUGGUGAUUGUGGAAAAAGAUGAAAAAGAUGAUCCAAUUCAGAUAAAUGUUCGAUUUGUGGGACAACUUCUGUCGACUGAUGGGCAGUACACGCAUCUCCUCAAUCUCAUCAUGAGAGCCACAAUUGAGAGUCUCAAUAUGCAGAGGGCCUAUGGGCCAAAGGGUACCAAAUACUUUGAUGCUCUUCAGAAGAUUGACAUCAAUACGCAAAAUUUGCAAGUAUGGCCAGGUUUCUGCACGGCUAUCCGUCAACAUGAGAGGGACAUUAUGAUCUGCACAGAAUUGACACACAAAGUCAUUCGAAUGGAGAAUUGCUACAAUGUCAUGCAGCAUUACUCCAGAGAUCCGGAUAGUGUCAAAAAGGAAUUGAUUGGCAAAGUCGUUGUGACAGAGUACAACAAUGCAACAUAUCGUAUUGACGAUGUGGACUUUUCUCUCUCACCGAGUUCGUCUUUUGAAAAGAAGUCUGGAGAAAGAACAACAUUCCUCCAAUACUUCCGUGAUCGCUACAAUUGCACUAUUCGUGACACGCGUCAACCACUUCUAGUGUCCAGAUCCAAGGCAAAGGAUGUCCGUGCUGGACGUCCUGAAGUGCUCAAUCUGGUGCCGGAAUUAUGUCGUUUGACGGGCUUGACGGAGGAGAUGAGAACAAAUUUCAGGUUGAUGCGUGAUCUUGCACAGCAUACCCGUGUUAAGCCGGAUAUGCGAGUGAAGCGUUUUUUGGAGCUCAAUCGUCGUAUUCAGCACGAAGAGAAGGCUAGAGAUGUGAUGAGGAAGUGGGAGAUGGAUUUAGAUAGGCAUCUUGUUGAAUUUACAGGACGUGUAUUGCCGACGGAAUUGAUUUAUUUUGGCAAUAGGCAAGAGGAGACGCCUAGGAAUGCCGAUUGGACGGGAGCAUUGACGAGGAAUCGUCUGUUUGAAACGGAUAAAUUGAUCAAUUGGCACUGUGUGUGUACAAAUCGAGAUUUUGGAGUGGUGUCCAAAUUUCUCAGUUUUUUGAGUAGUGCUGCAAGGAAUUCAGGAUUGGAUUUGGCUGAUCCUAGGAUCAUACGAAUUGACAAUCCUCGGGUGCAGGCCUAUAUCAAUGCCAUUGAGCAGGCUUGCAAUGAUUCCUCACAGAUUAUUAUGUGUGUGGUACCCAGUCAGGAUGCCAGUCGUUACGGUGCCAUUAAGAAGAAGUCCUUUGUGGAAAGGGCUGUUCCAACUCAGGUUAUAUUGACAAAAGUUAUGUCAAAUGAUAAGAUUUUGAAGAGUGUUUCGGCAAAGUUGAUGGUGCAGAUGAAUUGCAAAUUGGGCAAUGCACCGUGGACCGUGAAGAUUCCGGCAAGUGGAAUAAUGACGGUGGGAUUUGAUGUGACGUAUGAUGUGAGGGAUAAGAGAAAGUCCUAUGGGGCUCUUGUGGCUACAAUGGAUCUGAGACAGUGCAAUUCGUUCUUUAGCACGGUGUCUCAGCAUUCGCAUGGGGAAGAGAUGAGUAACUUCCUUGUGGUUAAUAUGAUGAAGGCACUCAAGCAGUAUCAGUAUAUUCAUCAUGAACCACCAAAGAAGAUCAUUUUCUACCGAGAUGGCGUUGGUGAGGGUGAUCUUUCCCAUGUGCUUGAAUUUGAGGUUAGGAAGUUGUCAAAUGAUCUGAAGGCGAUGUAUGGCGAAGGAGCUCCGAAGUUGACCUAUAUCAUCGUCACAAAGAGGAUCAAUACGCGUCUUUUUAGUCGAACGCAUCAUGGAGAGUGCACAAAUGCUCCUCCUGGAACUGUCGUUGAUGACAUCAUCACACUACCGGAACGAUAUGACUUCUUCAUUGUGUCCCAAUCCACCAAGGAAGGCACAAUUUCACCCACGAGCUACAACGUUAUUUUCGAUGAAUCAGGCUUUUCGGCUGAUAAAAUCCAAAUUUGGACAUACAAAAUGACCCAUCUCUAUUACAAUUGGAGUGGAAAUGUCAAGGUCCCAGCCGUUUGUCAGUAUGCCCAAAAGUUGGCCUUCCUCGUUGGUCAGUUCAUUAAUCAGGAACCAACUCAUUUGUUGGAGAAGAAGUUGUAUUUCUUGUAAGGAAGGGUCGAACUGAUCAAAAUGAUAACGACAAUUUGUAGUCGUUUCAUCUUUUUAUCAUUUUUUUUUUUAAAUUUUAUUAUUUUUUAUAAUCAUUUGACGUCAAUCAUGAUUCAAAAUUUACCUAAAAUAAAAUGCAUUCCAUGCAUUUUAUUUUUCAAAAUGUUUUUUUUUAAAUUUCGGAAUUUUAUUUUAUAUUUUUUGUUUAUUGUGAAAGAAACGUCAGAGAUGUGGGCCAAAAGGAGUCUUGGCAGCUGUCAAAGUUUAUUUGUUUUCUUUAUUUUUUAAAUAAAAUUUCAAGUUCUUAAUUAUAUAAAGUAUUGGUUUUAAAAUGGAAAUAUUUUAUAAAAUUUGUCAAGGAUAUAUUUUACCAGUUUAAAAAAUGAAAGAGUUAUUUUUUGACGUUUCGUGUUUUAGGUUAGUUUCAACAUAACCUCAUUUGGUUUGAUGUAAUAUCAAAAUCCAACCGUUUCAGCAAAUAAAUGUUUUCCGACAA